AUGGCGGUUGAAAUACCAAUGUUCGUUGAUGUACGCCAUGUCGAGCCUCAGGCGAAAGCUACAACAUUUUUUAUCGCCUUAUCUAAAGAAUGGGAAGGUUACCCUCUUCGAAGAACAGAUAGUAACAAUUGGAGACUUGAUUUGAAGUUGUUAGUCAAUCAUAAUAGCCGUCAUAGAUACUAUUACUUUGUUUGUCCCUCUGAUUUUUACUCAGUGGAUGGGGCGAAGCAUCCUUAUGAUCCGAAAUUGCCAUGGGAGCCGAUAAGUACAACAAAUGAAAAGCUCAACUAUUUUGAGUGUGAUUUCGAAAUUGUCUCUGUGAUUUCUUCAAAGAAUACCGUCGAAGAACGUUCAUUAUCACCCUCUCAGAUUGUUGCUCCUCGACCAAUAAGAAAAAUCGACCUCCCACACCUCACAACAGCUGCCAGCACAUUCGAACACAAUUCUCCAUCUACUUCACUCGAUAUCAAUCGAAUUGUUCCCCGCCAAAUAUCUCCCGACGCCGAAUAUUCCCGCGAUGAUGGCUACAUAAAAGAGGGAGGUAGAAAUACAUAA